CUGAAAAUAGCAAAAACGCAUUGUUUUAUAAAGCAGCAAUGAUUGAAAAGAAAUCAUAUUACUACUUUAUUUGGAAUGGAUAAAAACUUUGUGAUGGCACGAGCUCCAAAGAACUUCAGGGGCCCAGAGGACAUGAAGAAGGUCCCUACAAACCCACCUUACAGCGCCUAUAUAGGCAACCUCUCAUACCAGGCUACCGAAGAGGACGUACAGGAUUUCUUUGGCGAUUCUGUUAAGCGUGUACGAUUAAAGGAGGUCGAUGGAAAGCCACGAGGGUAUGGCUUCGUGGAAUUUAAUACACGGCAAGCUCUCAUAGACGCACUAGACAUGAAUGAUGAGAUGUUUAUGAACCGCAAUAUCAGGGUUGACUUGGCCGGGGAGUCUCAGCAAGGAGGAGAUAGGACUGAUCCAUCACACACUGUCCCGAUGAGAGCGAUGCCAAGAGCUCCCAAGACAUUAAGGGACCCAGAAGACAUGAAGAAGGUCCCGAAAGACCCGCCUUUCAGCGCCUAUAUUGGCAACCUCUCGUACCAGGUUACCGAAGAGGACGUACAGGAUUUCUUUGGCGAUUCUGUUUUUAGGGUAAGACUAAUAAGAGAGGACGAUGGAAGACCACGAGGUUAUGGACUUGUUGAAUUUAAGACACGGCAAGAUCUCAAGGACGCUCUAGCCAUGAAUGAUGAGAUAUUUCUGAACCGCAAGUUGAAGAUUAACGUGGCGGAAUCACAACAAGGACAUGGUCCAAAAUUUGGCACGCAAUAUGCCGGUGCUCGACCCAAGACCGGUCCAUUAAAAGGCGUGCACUUAGAUAGUGAGGUGAACGAUUUGAAGGAAAAAAUAGGUCAAAUAGCGGAGCAGUUAGUACAAAUAAAAAUCACAAUCCCCGAAACUACGACUGUGGCAAAAACAAGACGAGGGGUCAGUCCUUCCAGAGGAGCUCAGCGCAUGUUUCGAUCCGGAAGCAGAACAGAAAUUUCACAAGAACCAGUGAAAGACAUUUCUCAGAAAUAUGUCUGCAUACACAACUUAGUAGGCAAAUGUUCAUACGGUUUCCAAUGUUUUAACUACCACUGUAAGAUGCCAUACCAAUGGAUGUACAAACCGAUGGGUUCGGACGACUGGCGAGAAGUUCAGCCAGACGAAAAUUUGCUGAUGGAGGAUAAGUACUGCAACCCAUCUGAAGAGGACUAUUUUCUAACAGUCAGGGGAAGACUCGUUAAGCUGGAUUUUUUGACAAUGACCACCUUAGGUGACCAUGUUCUUGUGUUCCAUCGGUUGUCAACGAAUACUUCCGUUGUCAUGGAUACGCAGCCAUUAGCAACAAAGUGGAUCUGGUACUGGAAGAAUCAAGUUGGGUCUUGGUCAAAAUAUGGCGAUGACGACCAUGGAUAUAAAACAUCGCUUUGUAGCAAUGAGAUAGAGCAAGCCUUCAUCAACAACCCAGAGGGCCAACUGGAGUUUAUCACGGCCGGACAUGACUAUGUUCUUAAUUUCCAAGAAAUGGUGCAGUGUAACCUCCAUUAUAAAAUAAAGAGAGCAAUCAGGCGACGGCCAGAAUUUGUUGAUAAGAGAGAAUUUGAAAUGAGGAGAAAGCAAGAAAAAACCGGCUACAUAGAGACCACUGAUCUUGCAGAUGGUUCGGCUGGAGCGGGCUCGGAGUCUAACAUUAAGGCCGAACAGUACUAUUUGACCACUAUUAAUCAGGUCUAUAAUUUAUGUUCGAGACCCUAA